AAGGGCGGGAUAAACGCUUCAAUGGACCAAUCCGCUUUUUAGAAAUCUUAUUAGGGCGUGGCUUUGCCUCUGAAGUAAGUUAGGUUUUACCAGUAAACCGAGCUGAAGAGGAUUGAAUUCCAGGUUGACAGGAGGAUCCCUGCAGUCAAUUGGAAGCCAUCCUCUCUCCCAGACCAGCAAGAUGGGCAAAAAGAGCCGAGUGAAGACCCAGAAAUCGGGGACCGGGGCCACAGCUGCGGUUUCUCCAAAAGAGAUGAUGAAUUUAAUUUCUGAACUUCUGCAGAAGUGUAGCAGUGCUGCUCCCUCUCCUGGGAAAGAGUGGGAGGAAUAUGUUCAGAUCCGAGCUCUGGUGGAGAAGAUCCGUAAGAAACAAAAAGGGAUGUCGGUAUCAUUUGAGGGAAUCAGGGAAGACUUUUUCUCUGAGCUGAUGGCCUGGGCCGCAGAGUGUGGGGCUUCUUGUGAUGGUUUUGAGAUCUCCAAUUUUGCAGAUGAAGGAUAUGGUCUGAAGGCUACCAAAGAUAUCAAGGCUGAGGAGCUGUUCCUGUGGAUCCCUAGAAAAAUGCUGAUGACUGUGGAAUCCGCCAAGAACUCUGUCCUCGGGCCGCUGUACAGUCAGGACCGGAUUCUCCAGGCCAUGGGCAAUGUGACUCUGGCUCUACACUUGCUGUGUGAACGGGCCAAUCCCAGCUCUCCCUGGCUGCCCUACAUUAAGACCCUGCCUGCUGACUACGACACCCCCCUGUACUUUGAAGAGGAGGAAGUGCGCCACCUGCUGGCCACACAAGCCAUACAGGACGUGCUCAGUCAAUAUAAAAACACAGCACGGCAGUACGCCUACUUCUACAAAGUCAUCCACACUCAUCCAAACGCCAGCAAACUGCCCUUGAAGGACGCUUUUACCUUUGACGACUACAGGUGGGCAGUGUCUUCUGUGAUGACUCGUCAAAACCAGAUUCCCACAGCAGACGGAAGUCGGGUCACACUGGCCCUCAUCCCUCUCUGGGACAUGUGCAACCACACCAAUGGCCUGAUUACGACCGGCUACAAUCUAGAGGAUGACCGAUGCGAAUGCGUAGCUCUCAAAGACUACAAAGAGGGCGAACAGAUCUACAUAUUCUAUGGUACAAGAUCCAAUGCAGAGUUUGUGAUCCACAACGGUUUCUUCUUUGAGGACAACGCACACGACCGUGUGAAAAUUAAGCUGGGUGUGAGCAAGAGCGAGCGUUUGUAUGCCAUGAAGGCCGAGGUUCUGGCACGUGCAGGGAUUCCUGCGUCCAGUAUCUUUGCCCUGCACUGCAGCGAGCCGCCCAUAUCUGCUCAGCUCCUGGCCUUCCUGCGUGUCUUCUGCAUGACUGAAGAGGAACUCAGGGACUACCUGGUGGGCGAUCAUGCCAUCAACAAGAUCUUCACCCUGGGCAACACUGAAUUCCCUGUCAGCUGGGAGAACGAAAUCAAGCUGUGGACGUUCCUGGAAACACGGGCUGCGCUGCUUCUCAAAACCUACAAGACGAGCUCAGAGGAGGAUCGCUCCAUGCUGGAGAAGCCCGACCUGUCCCUGCACUCCCGCAUUGCUAUAAAGCUACGGCUGGCAGAGAAAGAGAUUCUGGAGCGUGCCGCGUCCUGCGGUCGGGCCAAGCGCCUGCACUUCCAGAAGCAGCUGGACGAAGGGGCUCCGCUGCCAUUGUACGAAGAAAGCGACAUCGCCCUUUUGGAGAACGCAGACGCUAAACUCCCAAUCAUCCUGCGCAAACUGGAAGAAGAAGAUGAACAUGUUCAGGAGGAGAUGACUCUGGCCCAAAUCAAGCCAGACGCUGCCUGCCUGGACUCCUCCAAAACCCCUGUUCUUAACGGACAGUGUAAAGAUCUCAAUGGUACUCAAGAGGAUCCUCCAGAAAGUGAUGCGGUGGCGAAAGGGAGCGAGUUUGAGAAGCACGACCUGAGUACCAUACGAACUGAAGAUGAACCAAGUGAUGGUGGCAAAUAGUCACGACCAGAGUACGGUGGCAAUCUUAGUUCCUGCUAUUUAUUUAUUUUUGUUUAAGAGACUCACAAAUAGGAGCAAAAGCUUUCUAAACAAAAAAGCAGAGGAUUUCAGUUUAAAUGUUUUUUUUUUUUUUUUUUUUUUUUUUAAUAAAUGCAGCUUAAGUAUGAGCGAGCUCAAGCUAUAAAAAGCCUGUUUGUUUUAUUUUUUGUUUCGUUUGAGUUUUUAAUCAGUGCCACAUUUGUUUUCUUUUGUAGUAGCUUCACUUGUGCUGCCAGAAAGGUUCCUGGUAACAAGGUGAGGAAGUAACCAAUCAUAUGGACUCCUGUCUAGAUGAAGGCUUGCUUGGACUUCACAAAAUGAAAGAAAAAAAAAAAAUGUAUAUUGAAGACUUUAACAUGGUAACGUUGCCAAGGAUGUUUCUGUUUAGUCAUCUAAAAUGCUGACUUCUCUCUAACCAGCCGUUGCUGUAGAUCAUGCCAGAAACAUGCUUGACGUUUAGUGGCACUUGACAAUCAUUACUCUUUUAUGUUCUGACAUUGAUCUGGGAAGAGAUCAUCACUGCUGCACGCUAGUUUACUUUACUCGCCUAAACAGUAAGGUUACUGAUAAGACUUUAGUCCCAAAACAGUUUCGUUUCGUUUUUUAACACACUUCAGACACAGUCAGUGCGUUCUCAAAGUGAACAUUAGUUCCGGUUUUGAAUGUUGUAACCUGAACUAGAGGAUAAGAGUAUGGUUACUCUUUGCUGUGAAUGUAAUUCUAAAACCAUUCACUCUUCAGUAUGGUAUAUAUACUGUAUAUUCAUUUUAAUUCUUAUGUGCUAAUGAGACAAAUUUGCAGUUGGAGACUGAUCUCGGAGGACUAACUUCUCUUAUACUGGAUCUUUGGGAAAUCUUUUUAUUUUUAUUUUAACGGAUUAAGUAUUUUUAUUUAAGUAUUCGCUGCAAACUUCUCGCACAUUUGUCAUUGAACUAUUGUGGUCAUCUUUAAGCCUUAACGAAUGUCAUUUAGUUGGUUUCCAGAUAUAGAAAUAUUGAUCCGGGAUGAAGACCUUGUGCACUUACAGAUGUGCACCUCCCACAAGGCAAAACUCUGUUCCUGUCAAACAACAAAACAUUGGGGACUAUUAAUUAAAGGAAUAUUUCACCAAAAAUGAAACUUCUACCAUUAUUCACUUACCCAAAUGUUUCAAAUCUGUAUUUUGUUUUUGUUUUUUAGUGGACCUUGAAUCUGCUUGUGAUAACCAAGGGCUGCCACACCAAAAAGCUUCAUGAAAGUGGUCCAUACAUGCAGCUUGUGCACUAUAUUUAAUGUCUUCUGAAGCCAUAUGAUAGCUUUGGGUAAGGAACAGACUGAAAUUUAAGUCAUUAUUCACUGAUAAUCUUGCAUCUUUUCCUCACGCAGAGCUAUCGUAUGGUUAUUUUUGUUAUUUUUUGGAGCUUUACCACUCUUGGUCACUAUGAACUGUCAAAGAGAUGCAGAACUAAUUCUUCAAAAAAUUAUUUCAAAAUGAA